AUGGAUCGAGCGCAUACCGAUCGGCAAGACGGCGGUGAUGGCCUCUCACCUAGCCGAACAGAAGACAACGAUCCUGUCGACGAGGGCGAAGACCACUCCAGUACUCCAGCCGGUCGGGGAACCGGCCCCGGUCGCGCUGGUCGAAUGAACACAAUCUCAGAAGAACCACCUUUGACUGGCCACGACCAAGGACAAGACACGACCAACACUGCAGAAACAACGCCAUCUCGCCUCGCGCGCAGAGCUGCCGAAAUCCGCGAGGCCAACCGCCGACGCAGGGCGCAUGGUCAGACAAACUCGGAUCCCUAUGGAAACACGCCUUACACGCAGGGGGUUGGCCGUCCGUUGGAGGGAACUGAGAGUUCCCUUGACCCUAGCAUGAAUCGCGCUCGUGCUAAUGCGAUAUUGCCUAGGUUUGCACCGAGGCUGGAAGACGUGGAGAGGGAGAGAGCGAACUUGGAGAGAAGAGCAUGGAUUGCCGCGGGUAGAAACUCUGGGCCGAUGGAAGAGAGGGAGAGGAACAGGUUCAACAGGCGCCCGACAACUUAUCAAUUUCGGGCUCAUGAGGGAUUUCCUCUCAACGGCACGGGGACGCGGGGGCUAUAUGCUGGACGAUACCCCAUCCCAUACAUGAAUCCAGCUACUGGAGGACCGGUUGCGGGAACGGGCGGUUACACACCUUUUGGCAGCGACAACUUCCACAGCAGCGUUCCAGACCAGUCAUCUCCUCGCGACGAUGGUAGAAGCGCUGCUGUCUACGACCCUGGCAGCUUUGAGGAUACGGAUCAAUUCUACAUCGAACCGGCUCCUAGACCCGAGAAUGUCAAUCCUAACGCUGUGGCGUCCCAGCCGGAGGGUAAACCUGGGGGUGACUCCAAUCUUCCCAAGCGCAAGGAUGAAGCGGAUGAUAAGCAGAGUGGAGGAAGAGGGCCAGGCGCGCCUUCACAGGCUACUUGA